AGUUGCAAAACGCUAAUGAGAACCAAUUGAUCUCUUUCAUUUUAUUCUCUAAUUAAUAGUUGAUAACAACUGGGGUCAGAUGAUAAGUUUUUAAUACAUAUAAACAUCAAGAACAUCGAUGCGAACCAGUAUUCUGCUGAGCAAAAGUUGAAGUGGUCAAAACUGGAAGAAUAAACUGUAAACAUGAAGAUUCCCUUUCUGUUUGUAACAGUACUGGGAUGUUCGCUGGCUGUUCCUAACGGUUACUACCAUCAGGAGUACAACUAUAAGACAUCACAAUCAUCGUACAAAAACAAUGAACUGCAACAUAAGACUGAUGAUCAAGGUUAUUACAAAAAAGACGGUGAUUUAGAAAACAGAUAUAAGCCUAUCGAAGAUUCAAACAGUGAGCAUUCAGAAUAUAUAAACCCAAAACUGCAAAACGGCCAGUAUGGAUUGGACACAAACUCCUAUGGUAACAUGAGAGCUGACGGAACCUACGGAUAUGGCAACCAAAACAGCAUGGGUGUCGAAGGUCUCGCCAGAUCCGAUAGGAUCUAUGGCAGUCAAGCUGGAUAUUCUACUGGUUACGGUACCAGCUAUGGAAGCAGCAACAGUCACAGCUACAACACAAACUCCAACCUUAGAAUGUUGACGUCUCGUCUUCAACAAGAAUUGGAGAGGGAUUUGCGAGAAGCUGUUCGUCAAAACAGCGCCUAUUCCCAAACUAGGAUAGAUAUGUCUGAACUUGAAAGAGAGCUAAGGCGGAAUUUAACGGAGAGGUUAAACAACGAACUGAAUCUUAAAUAUGGUCAACAAAUUGUCCGCAGUGGCAUGUCCUAUUCCAUGAGUGGAGGAAGGUUACAACCAACUGCUAACUACGACAACCAAGAACUUGUAGACCUGAAGAGCCAGAUAGAAAACUCGUUGCUCAAUCAAUUGCGCACCCAAUAUAGCCAAUACAGCCAACACAGCUACGGUAGUUCAAGCGCUUACCAACACAAUGGAGGUGCUUACGUUUACCCCGUAACACAGAGACCAGUAUACUACACCACAACCUACAGGCCAAUUUAUCCAACCUUGACAUCUGAAAGAUACGUCGACACCCACAGUCAACAAUAUAACGCUGUUAAGACACGAUACACUCCAAUUUCUAAUCCUGAAAGUCUAACAACGAUUGCUUCAAGAGUCCAAAGUCAAUUGGACGCAAAUCUCAACAACGUACUUGACGAAACACGUAGAACCCACUUUUCAUCAAGUCAACAGUACUCGUUGACUAACCCUGAUGUUCUUCUUGAAAGAUUAAGGAACGAACUGAGGAACAACAUCACCUAUCAAUUAGAUGACAUGAUCAGUAAGAACUACGGAUCGCAGACACAAAAAGACGGAUAUUUGUACUCUGUCGCAUCCAACGGAGCGAUAUCCACAGAUUACAAUUACGGUUUGAGAGAUAUGGAAAAUUUGAAGGAACAGAUACAAAGAAAUUUGAUUAAUAAAUUGGAAAGGGACUUUGAAUCUUACAGAAAGAGCUGGUCUUCCUCUUCCUCUUACAACAGCCAGUCCAGCUACGGUAACAGCUACGGUUCAGCUCAACCGGCUUAUUACGAACCAGGAGUCAAGACCGGAUAUAACUCAGGCAGCGGAUACAAUUCAGCCAGUAGAUACAACUCAGGCAGCGCAUAUAACACAGCAAGUCAACAUAAUUCAGCCAGCGGAUAUAAUUCAGGUGGCACCACCUACAGCAGCGGAAACAUGGCGGACUUGCAGAGACAACUUCAAGCUGAUCUGUCGAGACAGCUUAAUCAAGCGUUAAACCAAGAAUCGCACAGUUCAUACAGCUAUACUCCUCAAAAUUACCAGUCUUCCCUCCAAGAUCUCUCUGAUCAAUUGAAUAGGAACCUUACAAAGCAUUUACAAGAAUAUAGUGCCAGUGGAUCCUAUGCAGCCUACGGAAACUUCGACAGAUCCCAAAUGGCAGAUCUUAGAGCUAAACUGGAAGAAUCUCUGAUGAACCAAUUGCGACAAGGACUACAACAAUCAUUCCAGACUCACAGUUCGUACAGUUCAAGUAGCAGCAGUAGUAGCAGUAGUAGCAACUCCGGUGGCUACAGACCAGUAAGAGGAUCGAAUUACCAGAUGGGAAGUUACGGUUCAGAUGGAACAUGUUGUCAAGAUGACCGGAGAUUUAAACGAUCCCCACAACAGCAACAACAACCACAAGAUAUCGGCUGGAAACCACAGGGUAGCCAAGUUCCACCUCUACCAAAACCUGCACCAUCUAAGUCAAGAAGUAAACGUGGAUUUGGAUUCGGCGAUGGUUUUUUAAAAGUGAAGGCAGAUCUAGAACAGGGACACAAAGAUUUAACUAAAAAAGCUGAACAAGUAGGUGAAGGAAUUGCAGAUAUAAGUCACAAGGUGUUCGGCUGGAAACCAUUUGAAAACAACGGUCGUUUUCGUAAUUUACAUGAUAAUGGAAGAAGGCCGUGGAACCGCAGACCUGAUAAUGGGGAUCAACAACAAAUAGAAGAUAUAGGACAACAGGUACAAAUUGGUCAACAGCAGGAAACUGAUGAAGACUUGGGUCAGCAUCAAGAACAAGGAAGUAGAUAUAGUAAAAUUACUAAAAUCACACAUAUUGGUCAGCACGCCGAGAAUCUCGAUCAAGAACAAGUUGAGGAUCUUGGCCAACAGCAAGUAGAAUUAGGACAAAGCCAAGUCGAUCUUGGUCAACAAUUAGAAGAGAAUGAAGACUUUAGACAACAUCAAAUUCAAAGAAACAAAUACCGUACAGUUACAAAAAUUAUUAGAGGCAAAUCACAGUCAGAAAUUGGUCAACAAACUGAGGACCUUGGUCAACAAACUGAGGACCUCGGUCAACAAACUGAGGACCUCGGUCAACAAUUAGAAGGUGGAGAAGACCUUGGUCACCAAGGAACCAGAUAUAGUAAAAUUACCAAAAUCACACAUAUAGGUCAGCAUGCAGAACUCGGUCAAAAACAAAUAGAGGAUCUUGGUCAGCAACAAGUAGAAUUAGGACAAAGCCAAGUAGAUCUUGGUCAACAAUUAGAAGACAAUGAGGACUUUAGUCAACAUCAAAUUCAAAGAAACAAAUACCGUACAGUUACAAAAAUUAUUAGAGGCAAAUCACAGUCAGAAAUUGGUCAACAAACUGAGGACCUUGGUCAACAAACUGAGGACCUCGGUCAACAAACUGAAGACCUCGGUCAACAAUUAGAAGGUGGAGAAGACCUUGGUCGCCAAGGAACCAGAUAUAGUAAAAUUACCAAAAUAACACAUGUAGGUCAGCAUGCAGAACUCGGUCAAAAACAAAUAGAGGAUCUUGGUCAGCAACAAGUAGAAUUAGGACAAAGCCAAGUAGAUCUUGGUCAACAAUUAGAAGACAAUGAAGACUUUAGUCAACAUCAAAUUCAAAGAAACAAAUACCGUACAGUUACAAAAAUUAUUAGAGGCAAACCACAGUCAGAAAUUGGUCAACAAACUGAGGACCUUGGUCAACAAACUGAGGACCUCGGUCAACAAACUGAAGACCUCGGUCAACAAUUAGAAGGUGGAGAAGACCUUGGUCGCCAAGGAACCAGAUAUAGUAAAAUUACCAAAAUAACACAUAUAGGUCAGCAUGCAGAACUCGGGCAAGAACAAGUAGAGGAUCUUGGUCAGCGACAAGUAGAAUUAGGACAAAGCCAAGUCGACCUUGGUCAACAAUUAGAAGACAAUGACGACUUUAGUCAACAUCAAAUUCAAAGAAACAAAUACCGUACAGUUACAAAAAUUAUUAGAGGCAAAUCACAGUCAGAAAUUGGUCAACAAACUGAGGACCUUGGUCAACAAUUAGAAAAUGAUGAUGACCUUGGUCACCAAGGAACCAGAUAUAGUAAAAUUACCAAAAUCACACAUGUAGGUCAACACACUCAAAAUCUCGGUCAAAAGCAAGUCGAAGACCUCGGCCAAUUAUUAGACACUGACGAAGAUCUUAAUCAACAUCAAAUUCACGGAACUGGAUAUAGUAAAAUUACAAAGAUUAUUCGUGGAAGCACACAUUUGGUAGAUGGCCAGCAGGUAGAAGAUCUAGGUCAGCAAGUAGAAGACGACGAAGAUAUCGGACAACAGCGUAUCAACGGACAUACAUAUACUAAAAUUACAAAGAUUGUUAAUGGCCAAAUUCAAUCACAGCAACAAGAAGACCAACAACAGCAACAAGUAGAAGAUAUUGGUCAAAAAAUUGAAAACGUUCUACACAGAGUAACGGGAGGAAAGCUGCAUUUAAAACCUGUAGAUCAGGUACAGCAAGUAGAAGACCUUAAUCAACAGCAAGAGACAGAUUCCGACCAACAGCAAGUAGAUCAUUUAGAUUUUGGACAAAAAAUUGAAAAUGUACUAAGCAAGGUAACUGGAGGAAAACUACAUUUAAAACCUUUAGAUCAAGGGCAGAAAGUAGAAGACCUUAGUCAACAGCAACAGAAAGAUUUAAAUGAACAACAAAUAGAGAAUUUAGAUAUUGGUCAAAAAAUUGAAAAUGUUCUACAUAAAGUAACUGGAGGAAAGCUGCAUUUAAAACCUUUAGAUCAAGGGCAGAAUGUAGAAGACCUUAGUCAACAGCAACAGACAGAUUUAGAUGAACAACAAAUAGAGCAUUUAGAUAUUGGUCAAAAAAUUGAAAAUGUUCUACAUAAAGUAACUGGAGGAAAGCUACAUUUAAAACCUUUAAAUCAGGGACAGCAAGUAGAAGACCUUAAUCAACAGAAACAAUCAGACUUAGAUCAACAACAAGUAGAACAUUUAGAUUUUGGUCAGAAAGUUGAAGAUGUAAGCAAAGUAACUGGAGGAAAACUACAUUUAAAACCUUUAGAUCAAAGUCAGCAAGUAGAAGAUCUGAGUCAACAGCAACAGGUAGAUUUUGGUCAACAAAUUGAAGAGGGUUUUUCCCAAAUAAGUGGAGGAAAAAUACAGCAAAAAAACCUUGACCAAAAUCAACAAAUCGAAGAUCUUGGUCAACAAAAACAGGUAGAUUUUAGCCAGCAAAUUGAAGAGACUGUAUCGACAAUCGGUGGAGGAAAACUGCAGUUAAGACCUAUAGACGUUCAUAAAGUCGAAGACAUCGACCAACAACAACAGAUUGAUUUGGGUCAACAAAUAGAAGAAACUCACUUAGAUCAGGGCAAAUUACAUUUGAAACCUUUAGAUCAAUCUCAACAACAAGAAGAUCUUGGUCAACAGCAAGAAGUUGAAACGGAAUCUCCUCUUAAAAUAGGUCAACAAGUUGAAACGGACUUUCCUCGUGGAAACCAAGGAAAAAUUCAAAUUGGUAGUUCACAGGAUCAAGAACAGGAAGUGGAAACUCAACAAGUAGAACAACAUGUCAGCGAUUGGCACGACAAACCAAGAAUUCAACAAAGGCCGUUAGAUCAAAGCCAAGAGCAGAUUCCCCUCACACAGCAAGUUGAAAUUUUUGAUGUGAAUUCAGUAAAGGGUAAAGAUGAUCAUCUACCAAAGGACAUUUCCACAAAGGUUAAAUUUAUUGAGGAUAAGUUAUCAAAUAAAUUAGAAGCUGCCAUCAUAGGAUUUUGUGGUACAGAUAGACUGAAUGUACCCGAAAUGCGACAACAACUCAUUAACGAUGUUAAAAAGAACGUUACUGAAGAAUUCAACAGAGGAUACUCCAGAUAUUAUCUACAAACUGAUCUUGGUUUAAAUGAUAAACAAAUAGCUAAAAUUCAAGCCAUAAUAUUGGAUAAACUUUUAGCGAAAAUUGAAGAAGGUGUUGAAAGAGCGAAAAAAGAACAUGAAACAAGGAAAACAAAGACAACUAAGACAUCACAGCAACCUGAUGUUGACACCAGUAUACUUCAUAACAUCCAACCAGAAGCAUCGAUAUUCCAAAGUGGACAUAGGACAAUUGUAAGAAAUAGGACAGUUAUAACGACCCAUACUACAACAGGGGGAUCCUCCUUUGGAAUUACAGACCAAGGUGAAUUUAUAUCACAGCCAAAAUCUAGACAAGAGGCAGAAAAUGAAGCUGAUACUUUAAUAACAGCUCUUAAAAACUUAGGCACCUUUAAACACACGAAAGUAGUAGAGCAAAAACCAACAGAUAAUCAUGUUGACAGUUAUUCACACACAACAGUUUAUGAAGGUGGCAGUAGCAAUAAUGGUUAUCAAGAACAAGAACAAGAGAUUCAAAGUGGAUAUGGUGGCCGCGGUAGUCAUCAUUCUUCAAUAUAUGAUAAUCAAGAACAAGAAGUUCAAGUUGGAUAUGGAGGUCGCAAUAGUCAUCGUGUUUCUGGCUAUGAUAAUCAAGAACAAGAAAUUCAAUCUGGAUAUGGAGGUCGUAGUGGUCAUCGUGUUUCAGGCCAUAAUUAUCAAGAACAAGAAAUCCAAACAGGAUAUGGCACUCAUGAUAACCACCACAUUUCUGGUUAUGAUAUUCAAGAACAGGAAAUAACUGGAUAUGGCGGACAUGGUCAUUCAAGUUCUUCGCAUUCCGGAUAUGAUCAUCACAAUCACAAUCAUGAUAUUUUACAUUCUGGAUAUGAUAACCAUGAUAUUGAAGUCAUACAUAGAGGAAGCCACCACACCAGCUUUGACGAACCGCUUAGUUAUCAUGAUAUUACUGACAGUCACGUGCUAGAUCAUCAUCAUAACGGUUACGGUCAUCAAGAAUACUUAGAAAUAGAAGAUCCCCACACCCAUCACUAUACGAGACAUGAAGUACAUGUUCAAGAAGUACCACAUCACACUCACUCACAUAGUUAUCAACAAGAACAAGAAAUAAUAGGCCAAGAAUCAGGAUAUGACGAUCAGUUCCAAGAAGAAGAAGCAAUUCCCAUACCAAACCAACAACUACAAUCUUCAUCUCAAGAACAACAAGAAAUAGAAGUCAUAAGACCUGAUCAUUAUGAAGAAGUAAACGCUGUCCCCAGCGUUAUUCCAGAUCAAGAUGUUGAAGAAUCACACCAUCAUGAUGUAAUUCACAUACACGAGGUUCAAGUAGAUCAAGAUAAUUCUGGUCCUCCAGAAGCAACUGAAGAAUUGCCUUGGUGGAAAAAGGCUGCUUUAAAAAUACGGAGUGGAGCUCAUAAAGUGAAAGAAGGGGCGAAGAAAUUAAAAGAGAAAGUUAUUGGAUGUUAAAUGUUAGAUAUAAAAAUAGUAUUUUUGGUAUUAACUUAUUUUAACUAGAAUUAAAUAAAAAAUAUAUGUCCGUU